ACAGGCAGACACUCACUCACUCACUCUCCUCUAGUAGUUGUAGCAGCCAUCAACCUCCUUUGUCUAACCAGAGCAGACACUUGUCCUCUUAGAUCAUCCACCAGUCCUUCUCCCCCUUUUGGUUUCCGUUUUAGGAAGAGGAAUGGACGACUAUUUCUCAUCAGUCCUGGCAAUCUUACUGCUAUUAAUGGAAAAAGGAUUCAAAUUUCAGCCAAGUAAUGAAGAAUUAAUAAGCAAGUAUCUGGUGCCGAAAACCCGUGGUGAUAUCAUGGAAGGCUUGCCCAUGGCAGUCGUUAACCUUUGCGAGCAUGAGCCAUGGGAUCUACCUGGUAAAUCCAUUAUAAAGUUAGCUGGUCAAGUAACGUGGUAUUUCUUAUGCCCUCGCGAUCUUAGGGGCAAAGUUCACCGCAGAAAAACCAAGGCUGGAUACUGGAAACUGACCUGCCAGCAAAAGUCAAUAACGGCUGAGGGUACUACGACAAAGAUUGGGGUAAUGAGGACUUUGAGAUUCUAUGAAAACGAAGUGAGGACUGGUUGGAUGAUGUACGAAUUUGACCUCAUCACCAAUUCUAGCCAGUUUAAAAAGGGGCAAUAUGUUCUCUGUAAACUGGAGAUUAAUUCAAAAGGCGAGAAGAGCAAGAAAGGUGAACAAAGCCACCAUAUAGCUCCAGUCUCCCAUUCUGAAGUGGAACCAAGUCAGAGUACGGAUUCUGAUUCUGAAAAUAUAAACCCAAGUGAGAUGGCUAUGAGAUAUUCACCUUGUGAUGAAAGUGAAUUAAGCCAUCAUGCGGGUUCCCAUUUUGGAAAUCAAAAUCCGAGUGAGCUGAUGAAUAAUUCAGCUCGCCAACUUAGUGAGUUAAGCCACCAUAUGGCUUCUGAUUCUGAAAAUAACCUAAUGCCUAAUUUAGUUUAUGAUGGAAGUGGGUCAAGCCACUCCACGGUUUUUAAUUGUGAAGAACUAUACUGGAAUCAGCCUACAGUUGAUUCAGCUUAUAGCCCUUACAUGGCUUUCGAUUCUGAAAAUCAAAACCCAAAUGAGAUCCUGACAGUUGAUAAUUCAGCUUCUAAUGUCAGCAGAAACGAUGGCAUGGCUUUUGGUUUGGCAAAUCAUAACCCGAAUGUAUCGCUGACAGUUGAUAAUUCAACUUCUAAUGUCAGUGAAAGUCAUCAUAUGGCUUUAGUUUUGGAAAAUCAAAAUCUAAACAAUAGCCUUUCUAUAUUAACUUGUGAGAAUUCUUUAAUGGCUUCUCGUGGUUUGGAAAAUCAAGAACCAUUCUUUCCACCUUGUAGUUUUAUAAACCAGUCAACGUAUGACAAGAGUGAAUCAAGUAGCCUAAUGGAUUUUGAUUUUGAAAACCAAAAUCUAGUAAAGGAAUUCGAUAUAUCAGCCUUCGGUGAAGGUGUAUGGAGUAAUACCACAGCAACUCCUCCGGAAUUUUUAAAUCAAAAUCCUUGUAAGAAGACUGAUAUGUCAACCCUUGAAGAAGGUUAUUCGAGUUACUUUAAGUCCUCUUUUUCAGAUAAUGAUCUACCUGAUGUUGCGCUUCCAGAGCAGGUAAGCCCUGGACUACAAGCAGGGAUAGAAGGGUGUUUCGAGCAAGAAAACAGCCCCAACCCUGCACUUGUCCAGCUUCCUGCGUGCAUGGAGGAAAGCCACUCCUUCAUGGGCUUUGGUACCUUGGUAUCUAAUUGAAAAGAUCUGUUCUCUGGUUCCUAUCUGCUAUUUAACAACAAAACUAUCCAUACGAAAUAAUCGAUGGAGUUUAUUAUAAAUGGUUUAAGAGGGCAACUACUGAUGCUCCUCUAAUCUGAUAAUGAGGGUAACUUUUGUCGCUCUAGUUGUUUGGAUCCUUGCACGGUUGCUGAUCUGCACAUUUUGCUUACUUUAUGGUGGACGCUGCUUAGUUCGACUUCGUCCGGUCCAUGCAGCUUUAAGCUGCAAUCCUCUAAAAUAUAGCCUGCGCUGUCCUAAAUCUGCAACUAUAUUCGUAGAAAGAUUUGAGUACUAGUAGCAGAAGACACGACUUGUUCUCUGCGAUCCUGAUGCAACUGUUAUCCGUCAAGUACUAAGAUAUUAAAUGGGAAGUACUAUUCAAGCUGUACGCACGUAUGUAUAGUUACUUGCUUAUUAUUGUUGUGUUGUAUGAAGAUGGAAUUGUGUCAAGAGCAAACAGCUCUCAUGGACUUUUUAUCUACGUGUCAGUGUGUUUCAAAGAUGUUGAACUAAAGUACUUAUGUUUAAUUAAUAUGUUCAAGUUCUUUUUUCUUAGCUUUGUUAA